GAGAGUCAGAAGGUUGAGGUUGCCAUCAUGGAGGCCAAAUUUGAGAAUGCACAGAGGAAACUGGAGGCAGAUUUGCAUGCCCAAAUGGAGAAAGAGAUUGCUGACCAGGCUGCAGAAUUCCACUCUCGAAUAGAAACAUCUUUGGAAGAGGUUGCCGGACGGCAUCGAAAGCAGGUGGCAGAAUUACAGAGCAGGCACCAGCGUGACAUGGAGAGGCAGGCUGCUGCACUGAAUGAAGAGAGACAGAAGAAAGAGGAGGAUUAUCGAAGACAACUAAAGGAGCUGGAAGAUAAGUUGCAAGAAAUGAGAACUGAAAACUUGGCCCUAGGACAGUCGAAAAUAAAGUUAGAGUCUCAAAGAAUGGAGAUCCUUACCAAGCUUCAGUACAUGAUGCAGUCCCAAUGGAAUGAGGCUGUCUCUCUGCUAGUCACUACCCCACAGAAACGGAGUUUGAAUGGAUCCUUUCUAUCGAACCAAAGCAGUGGACAGCUAGCUUCAGCUCCAGCAGUCACUGGGAGCAGCACCUCUGUCACCAGCCUCGGUUUGGUCACCUCAGGGUCAGGGAUGAGAAAGCCAGAAAGCGAAAGCCAGGCUCAUGAUAACCCUGAUGUUCUCAGACGCCCAACUACAGUCUCGACCGCGGUUUUGGAAAAUGAGAAGGGUGAACGACAGGAGGAGAGGGAGAGGAUGGACAGAGUGGAGGAAUAUUUACAGAG